GAACACUUGGUUCCAUUUUUUAGAAGACUUAGAUCCUUGGAUAGCAUUUUCCAACUGCCCGUUGGUUACUCUAUAACUUGCUAGUUUUGGCGCAUUAAUUGUUCCUUGCAGACGCAAUAUUAGCUCUAAAGCUUCGGAGGCAAUUAAGGACCGAAGUAGUAUCUUGGGUGUCAUACAAUGGCCACUGAGAAUGGCUUGAAAGGUGACACUGACUUCAAGGUGGCGAGCACAUCAAAAAGCUGCAAAGAGCCAGAGAAAGGCUGUAGCAUGAAUGGAGAGAAUAAAAAAUCAGAGACAGGCAAACCAGAUGAGAAAACUAACACAGUUCCAUUUUACAAACUAUUUGCAUUUGCUGAUCCAACAGAUAUUUUGUUAAUGAUUGUUGGUACAAUCGGUGCCAUUGGGAAUGGUUUAAGUAUGCCUCUUAUGACGAUAUUGUUUGGGGAGCUAACUGACUCUUUUGGAGAAAACCAGAACAACAACGAGGUGGUUGAUGUGGUUUCCGAGGUUGCUCUGAAAUUUGUCCACCUAGGAGUAGGGGCUGCUGUGGCAGGAUUUCUCCAAGUAACUUGCUGGAUGGUCACAGGAGAGAGACAGGCUGCAAGAAUAAGGGGCUUGUACUUGAAAACUAUAUUGAGACAAGAUGUUGCUUUCUUUGAUGUGGAAACAAACACAGGAGAGGUUGUUGGGAGAAUGUCUGGUGACACUGUUCUCAUACAAGAUGCCCUGGGGGAGAAGGUUGGAAAAUUUUUGCAGCUGAUGUCCUUAUUCAUUGGAGGCUUUGUAGUAGCAUUUAUCAAAGGAUGGCUUCUUACCCUUGUCUUGUUGUCCUCUAUACCUUUUCUUGUAAUAGCGGGUGCAGUGAUGUCCCUCAUUAUAGCCAACACAGCAUCCCAAGGACAAAAUGCUUAUGCAAAAGCAGCAACUGUUGUUGAACAGACAAUUGGUUCAAUUAGAACUGUUGCAUCAUUUACUGGUGAAAAGCAAGCCAUAAGCGAUUACAACAAGUUUCUUGUCAGUGCUUACAAGUCAGGUGUUUACCAAGGCUCUGUUUCUGGAUUGGGUCUCGGCAUGGUUAUGUUAAUCAUGUUCUGCAGUUAUGCUUUGGCUGUAUGGUUUGGUGGGAAGAUGAUUCUGGAAAAAGGCUACACUGGUGGUCAAGUAGUUAGUGUGAUUGUUGCUAUUAUGACUGGUUCCAUGUCCCUGGGGCAGGCAUCUCCCUGCAUAAAUGCAUUUGCUUCUGGUCAAGCAGCAGCAUUUAAGAUGUUUGAGACUAUUGAAAGGAAGCCCAAUAUUGAUGCGUAUGACACAAAGGGGAAAAUAUUGGAGGACAUUCGAGGGGAUAUAGACUUUAGGGAUGUUUGUUUCAGUUAUCCAGCCAGACCAGAGGAGCAAAUUUUUAGUGGGUUCUCACUUUCCAUUCCAAGUGGCACAACAGCUGCUCUGGUGGGACAAAGUGGAAGUGGGAAAUCAACUGUAAUCAGUCUGAUAGAAAGAUUUUAUGAUCCACAAGCUGGUGAAGUUCUUAUUGAUGGCAUUAACCUCAAGGACUUUCAGCUUAACUGGAUCAGAGGAAAGAUUGGCCUUGUCAGCCAGGAACCUGUGUUGUUUACAUCAAGCAUUAGGGAUAAUAUCGCGUAUGGAAAGGAAGGCGCAACAAGUGAAGAGAUAAUAGCUGCAGCUGAACUCGCAAAUGCUGCCAAGUUCAUUGACAAACUACCUCAGGGACUGGACACCAUGGUUGGUGAACAUGGAACUCAGCUUUCUGGUGGACAGAAGCAGAGAGUGGCAAUAGCAAGAGCAAUUCUAAAAGACCCACGGAUUUUACUUUUAGAUGAAGCUACAAGUGCGCUAGAUGCAGAAUCAGAGAGGACAGUGCAAGAGGCAUUAGACAGAAUAAUGGUCAAUCGAACUACUGUCAUUGUUGCUCAUCGUCUGAGCACAGUGAGAAAUGCACAGAUGAUAGCUGUUGUUCAUCAAGGAAAGAUGGUUGAAAAAGGGUCUCAUUCAGAAUUGCUCAAGGAUCCUGAUGGAGCUUACUCUCAGCUUAUACGUUUACAGGAAGUAAAUAAACAGUUAGAACAGGCACCAGAUGACAAAAACGGAUCAGACAUUACAGAGAAAUUGCUUAGACAGUCAAGUUUGGAAAUAUCAUUGAAGAAAUCAAUCUGUAGGGGAUCAACUGGUUUACCUAAUGGACAGAAUGUCGCUGAUAGUGUGCUGACAGAUGCAGCAGCUCCUCCUACAAUACCAUCAGUACAGGCUUCAGAAGUGUCAAUCUGUCGGCUUGCAUCUCUAAACAAGCCAGAGAUCCCCGUGCUUCUAAUUGGAACUAUAGCUUCAAUUGUCAAUGGACUUAUACUUCCAACUUAUGCUCUGCUUCUCUCCGAGGUCAUCAAAACCUUUUACAAACCACCUAAUGAACUCAAAACAGACUCAAGAUUCUGGGCUCUGAUAUUUAUGGCCCUUGGCCUGGCUUCAUUAUUGGCAUAUCCAACAGAAACAUACCUCUUCUCUAUCGCUGGAUGUAAAUUAAUCCGGUGAGUAAGAUCAAUGUGUUUUGAAAAAGUGGUUCACAUGGAGAUUGGUUGGUUUGAUGAACCUGAGCACUCAAGUGGUUCACUUGGAGCAAGGCUUUCAGCAGAUGCAGCAACACUGCGUGCUCUAGUUGGAGAUGCACUAUCUCAGAUGGUUCAAAGCAUAGUAUCAGCAGUUGCGGGUUUAAUCAUUGCUUUUGUUGCAAGUUGGCAGUUGGCUUUGAUUGUCCUUGCACUUUUUCCUCUGAUAGGGAUCGAUGGGUACAUUCAAGUGAAAUUCAUGAAGGGAUUUAGUGCAGAUGCAAAGAUGAUGUACGAGGAAGCCAGCCAAGUUGCUAAUGAUGCAGUUGGGGUAUUUGGGGGUAUAAGAACAAUUUCUUCUUUCUGUGCCGAGGAGAAGGUGAUGCGCCUGUACAAAAAGAAAUGUGAACGCCCCAUGAAGACAGGGAUAAGGCGGGGGUUGAUCAGCGGAAUAGGAUUUGGGCUUUCAUUCUUUUUAAUGUAUUCUGUUUAUGCAGCUAGCUUCUAUGCAGGAGCUCAACUUGUUGAGCAUGGUCAUGCUACAUUCUCAGAUGUAUUUCAAGUUUUCUUUGCUUUGACGAUGGCUGCUGUUGCAAUUACUCAAUCAAGCUCCUUUGGUUCCGAUUCCAGCAAAGCAAAGACCGCUGCUGCUUCCAUAUUUUCAAUUAUUGAUCGGAAGUCUAAGAUAGACCCAGGUGACGAGUCAGGGGUGACAUUAGAAAAUGUGAAGGGAGAAAUUGAGCUUUGUCAUGUGAGCUUUAAGUAUCCAUUAAGGCCUGACAUUCAAAUUUUCCAAGACUUGUGCUUGGCUAUUCCUGCUGGCAAGACAGUUGCUCUGGUUGGGGAAAGUGGGAGUGGGAAGUCAACCGUAAUCUCAUUAUUGCAGAGAUUUUAUGAUCUUGAUUCAGGUCAUAUCACUCUGGAUGGAGUUGAAAUACAAAAGCUCCAAUUGAAGUGGUUGAGGCAGCAGAUGGGUCUUGUAAGCCAAGAACCUGUUUUGUUUAAUGACACGAUCCGUGCCAACAUUGCAUAUGGAAAGGGAGGAAAUGCAACUGAGGCAGAAAUUUUAGCUGCAGCAGAGUUGGCCAAUGCCCACAAGUUCAUUAGUAGCUUACAACAGGGUUAUGAUACUGUAGUAGGGGAGAGAGGAGUUCAAUUGUCAGGCGGGCAGAAACAACGAGUAGCCAUUGCGCGUGCCAUCAUUAAGAGUCCAAAGAUAUUAUUACUAGAUGAAGCCACAAGUGCAUUGGAUGCUGAAUCGGAGCAAGUGGUUCAGGAUGCAUUAGACAGAGUCAUGGUGAACCGCACCACCGUUGUAGUUGCUCAUCGGCUAUCCACAAUCAAGAACGCAGAUGUGAUUGCAGUAGUCAGAAAUGGCGUUAUUGUAGAGAAAGGAAAGCAUGAAACGUUGAUAAACAUCAAAGAUGGUUCCUAUGCUUCCUUAGUGGCACUCCACCUUAGUGCUUCAACUGCAUGAAGGACUAAAGAGUCACUUUCAUCGCUUUCUUAUUCUUUUUGUUGUAAUUAAUUUGCAAAUCGAAUAUGUCUUAAUUGAUUAAUAGAGGGAAAGGGUAUAAUAGCUUUGCAAUUGUAGCUA